AUGGCUGCGAUAACCUAUCCGUUAACUGUUCGUUCUUUGGCACAUAUGUUCCCAGACCUUCUCCACAUCUCCGCCUUAGCUUCUCAUAAUAUCAAUGAAGGCAAAGAUAUUGGAGAUCCCUUUGACAUAAAUGCAGCCUACGAUGCAGAGAAGACUGUGCAGGAACUGGAGCCUCUCAGCCUGCGCGCUCAAUGUUUUGCAUAUCAAUCCAAUUCAGGUAUAAUUCCGGCGGUGUCUCACGUCCAUAUCGAAGCUGCGAAAAACCGAGCUCAUGUAUUGCGUGCAAUUCACGCGAAUGCAACAGUUGGAGCUGUUGAUGUCCUGGCGAGGUUGGAUGAGAUACAAAGAACACAAAAUACGACACGGGCGAUCACAAACGAGAAUCAAGUGAUGCUACAAGAGACUCGAGCGAUGUUACAAGAGACUCGAGCCAUGGUCAUGAACGUCAGACUUGCGAGUCAAAAUGCUAAGGUGCCACAGGAAAGAAAUCAUUACAAACCUCUUCAAAAAACUAGGAGUGGACAUGGUCGUGAACUAGCGUUCCAAGUAUCGAGGCCAGAAAACAUCAAUCACCUUCCCCUACCAGCUACUAUCCAGCCCGCUGCAUUAGGGACCGUCCCUCCCUUCUUUGACCGCAAUACAGAUACGUAUACAUUAGGAACAAUCAACUCCCUCAUUAUAUUCUACAAUGAUGAUUUCGACAUAGAGAAGGAGGAUAAUUUGGAGAUUAGGAAAAUAAAGUUUCGUCGCUGGCUGUGUUCUUGA